UCUUUCUUGGAGGAGAGCGCUGUUUCCAACGGCCGCCUCCUCCCCUCCCUGGGCUCAUGGAGCCUCCAGAAUAUAAAAACUCCCCUCAGCCCAGUCGUUACACACAUCUCCUCCAUGCAUCGACCACAACGGGGAAAUAACAGCUAUCCCUCGUUCGACUUAGACUUUGCUUCACUUCUUUCUCACCUCCCUAUCGAGCUACCAACUGUACAGUUUCAACUUUUCUACCAUUUUUUUUCAUUCGCGUCUGCAAAACGUAAACAAAGCGAAACAUGUCUAUCCUCCAGAGCAACCUUGCCCGCCUCGGAUCCAAGACGCUUCUGUCAGAUGCGAUGACCGCUCCGUUCCUGCUGAAAGCCUGCGCCCUCCACAAGACGCCCAGCAGCGACUCCGUUCGCGUCGCCACGGACCACGACGCCGACAGUCUGGUGCCCCCUGCUAUCCAGAUGCAGGAGGAAGGCAAAGCAACCCGGGUGAAGUCGCUCAAAGAGAUGCCUGGUCCCAGCGCCGUCGGCAACCUGGUUGAAUUCUUCUACCGAGACGGGUUUGCCAGGAUCCACGAAAUUCAGAUGGAGCACAGUCAGAAGUAUGGGAAGAUCUUCAAGUCGCGGUUCGGGCCGCAGCUGGUGGUGUCGAUCGCGGACCGCGACCUUGUGGCUCAGGUGCUGAGGGCCGAGGGGGUGGCGCCCCAGAGGGCCAAUAUGGAGUCCUGGCACGAGUACCGCGAGCUCAGGGGACGCUCCAACGGACUCAUCUCCGCCGAGGGCGAGGACUGGCUGAAGAUGCGCAGCGUGCUCCGCCAGCUGAUCAUGCGCCCCCGUGACGUGGCCGCCUUCUCUGACGACGUGAGCCAGGUGGUGGGCGACCUGGUGGGCCGCAUCAGGCACCUCCGCACCCUGCAGCCCGACCAGCUCACCGUCCUCAACCUCAACGACCUCUUCUUCAAAUACGCCAUGGAGGGCAUCGCCACCAUCCUGUACGAGGUGCGGCUGGGCUGCCUGGAGGACAAGAUCCCCAAGACCACGUCGGAGUACAUCGCGGCGCUGCACCUGAUGUUCGCCUCCUUCAAGACCACCAUGUACGCCGGGGCCAUCCCCAAGUGGCUGCGGCCCGUCAUCCCCAAGCCCUGGGAGGAGUUCUGCAGCUCGUGGGACGGCCUCUUUGGCUUCAGCCAGAUGCACAUCGACAACAAGCUUGCGGAGAUCAAGGAGAAGGUGGCGCGAGGAGAGGAGGUGCGCGGGGGGCUGCUCACACACAUGCUGGUCACCCGGGAGAUGAACAAGGAGGAGAUCACAGCCAACAUGACCGAGAUGCUGCUGGCUGGAGUCGACACGACCUCCUUCACGCUGUCGUGGGCCGCCUACCUGCUGGCGCGCCACCCUGAGGUGCAGCAGAGGAUCUUCCAGGAGGUGACCCGGAGCCUGGGUGGCCGCCCCCCCACUGCUGACGACGUGCCCAACCUGCCCCUCAUCAGAGGCCUGGUCAAGGAGACGCUCAGGUUGUUCCCCGUGCUCCCUGGAAAUGGUCGCAUCACUCAGGAUGAUCUGGUUGUGGGCGGAUACUUCAUCCCCAAAGGGACCCAGCUGGCUCUGUGCCACUUCUCCACAUCCAUGAACGAGGAGAGCUUCCCCAAGGCAGAAGAGUUCAAGCCAGAGCGCUGGCUCCGUAAGGACCAGACCGACCGCGUGGACAACUUUGGCUCCAUCCCCUUUGGCUACGGCAUCCGCAGCUGCGUUGGCCGCAGGAUAGCCGAGCUGGAGCUGCACCUCGCCCUCACACAGAUGCUCCAGAACUUCCGCAUCGAGGUCUCCCCCUUGACAGACGACGUCAAAGCCAAGACUCACGGCCUGCUCUGUCCUGGCGGGCCCGUCAACUUGAGGUUUGUGGACAGGGUUUGAGCGAGCCUCCUCCUCCUCCUGCCCCACUCGCCUCUUCUCGCCUUACCUCACACAUCAAGAGAUGCUUUGAUAUCCAACCUGAUGAUGUCUGUAUGUGUGUGUGUGUGUGUGUGAGUCGACAAAAAAAUAACAAGCGUGCCAAAUUCCACAUCUCCUGAAAAACUCUGUGGCUAGCACAGCCCACAGGGUGUUAGCAAGCAGCAGGUGGAUUUUUAACGUUCUUUCUAUCUAUUCACGUUUGUUCAGACAGACACAUAGGCCAGUGUUCACUGGGACACAAGAAUGCUAGCAGAGGUUAGCUGCUUUUAGGGCUCUACUGACUAGCUCCCUCAGUAGGCUACCAACAGAGCGGUGUUCAUGCCAUGUCUACGUGUGUGUGUCAGCUGGUGUGUAUGACUGUGACUGCCUUGCAGUUAUACAAAAAUGUUGGCACACCAUAGGUAUAGAGAUACAGUGAGAGUACGUACACACAAGGUCCCUACUACUGUGACUGAGCUGGCCACUCACUCUCAGAUAAUUUUAGACCAAACAGCUACUGUAACAGUAGGUUUUUAUCCCAGGGUUCAGACAGCAACACUGUUAUUACAAGUGAAAUGCAGUGGUAUUGGUUUUUAAAAGCUGUUGAAGUAGUGGCGGUUGUAGAUUAAAUGUACUGUGAAAAUAUGUUACCAGCUUUUAUCAUUUUUAUGAAACAUCCUUGGAAUAUGUAUUGCUAUGACAGACUGCUGUAAACCCAGUCUUUGUUUGAGCUUUGCCACAGUUGCCUUUCUAUACAAGUUUCCUCCAGUGCCAAGUUCAGCAGUAGGCCACUCCAUAUUGUGCGCCUAUCAAGAUCUUAGUGAAAUGUGCCACCUAGUGGCAAAAAAAUACAUGUUUAUUUUCAGGGCAACUAGAUAUGGAACUUCAUCAAACAUCAAAAAUCUUUUAUGAACAGCAUUGGGGAAUGAUGCAUUACAAAAGUUAUUAUUACAAGUAAUCCAUUACUUUUUUGCUAUAACGCAGUAAUGUAUGGCAUUAUAGGGGGAAAGCUGUACUAGUUAUGAAUUGUCCACAACAAGAGCGAACUACGCUGCCUGAUAGCGGAGGUAGCAGAAGAAGUUUUGCCUUGAAUUCGCUGUAUUCGCUUUGGACGUGACACUGACAUGUUUGAUUUAGCUAAUCACAUAACGGCUCUGGCUUGACAGCCUGGGACAUUCGGAGUUAUGAACAUUCCAAUUGGUUUUCACCGAGCCACAUAUCAGCUUUCAGUUCGCUUCGCUCAUGCCGAAUUUGCUCUGAUCGCGUGCCCUCCAUAGAGAAAUAAUGACUUCCGUCGCUCCGUUAGCGUAGGUCGCUCUGUGUGUGAACAAGGCAUAAUAACACUGCUAGUAAGUUACAAUACAAAGUGUUCUAGGGGAGGACCCCAGACCCCCUGUGCGAUUGAGGUGUUUUUUUGUUUUUUUUUCUCCAGAGAGUUGGCAACCCUACCUGCCCAAUACUGUUUAUGAACAUGCGACCGUUAUUGUGUGAAUGAGAGAUAUUGAGUUGUACAUUUUCUUUGUGUUAUUGAACUUAGUAACACUCAUAGUUGAUGUACGGUCCAGAAGGUACAACAGAUUGGAAAAAUGGAAGAUGUAUAUCUAUUGCAAAAAGGUAAUGUUUGAAUGUAGCCUUCUAGAAAGGGAUAAGUAUGUUUUCCUAAGGGUUUUAGAAUGUGCUCAAAUGUACUGUUACUGUUCUUUGAUUGAUUUAUUUGGUCUGAAACCUGUGCCUACACUUCUUCCCGUUUUGUCCUAUUUUUAUCUGCUUCAGCCUUCCACUAGGCCUAGUUUAAUGUAACGAUUGCAAUGUACAACUGUAAUGUCUAUUUGACGUACAAUGUCAUAAAUCAUGAUCUCUAAAUAUCACCAUAAUGUUCUUUUAAACUUGUCAAUUCUGUACACAUAUCAGCUUUGCACUUGCUCUGUGAUGACACUGUAAUAAAGAGGUUACGAUCUGA